AUGAAUGAAUCAGGGUAUGGCACCACAUAUCCAGACUAUUCUUGUGAAGUCAGUGCCUUGAGACACUGCUUGAAUGGGUUCACUCCGCAGCCGCCUCAAUUCUCUUCGCGGCGGGUUCAACAAUUUCUUCCGAAGGGGGUUCGUUCAGCGCAUCCCAAGAUGGAAGACAUUGAUUUGGUUCUUCAGCAAUGGAGGAGUCUUGAACCGGAUGGGGCAGUCUUUCGAGCAGAAUGCUUGGAUGCUGCCAUUGCAAUGGUGGGCAAUUUGAUCGCAGAAUCAGGGGCACAACGCUGUUCCCAGCGAAAAGCACUGCAACUUCUACGUGUGGACGAGCAGAUUCAAGUGCCCGUGCUUGUUCAGAUGCUACAAGUGGAUGUGGACUUCCUUUUCAACGAACCGAAGCCAGGGAAGGCUGAUGGGUUGUCGUCUGCUGUAGUUUACUUUCCUUGCUUUUGGCAAGCUAUGCAUGAACUUCAGAAACGGCUUGGUGGAGAUCCAAUGGACAAAGGUACAGAACCGUUUGCUGAAGAAGCGUCCAGUUUCAGGGAUGCUAUUCUGGAUUUAGCAGCUUCACAACGUUUGACAACUGCCAGCUUUGCUGAUCUGGUGAUUGCAUUCAAAGGCACUUCCACAGAUCAGCGUGCCUGGGAUAGCCUGCUGGAGUCUCUCCGUUUUCUGAUGCGUGAGACCAAGGCCACAAAGCAUAUCGAUUGCUCAAGAACUCUCCAGCAGCUUAUCCUCGCGCAGGAGCCCAUGCCCAUGGCGUUUGUGGCAUCGAUUUUGCUCCCUUGGAUUUUCGAACUCUGUGAAGAUUACCGCAGAGGCGAACGAGCAGGCUUACUUCGGGCUGUACGAGAUGUCUUGGGGUGUAGCCUCAGAGAUGCCUGCGAGCUCCUGGCCAAGGGAAAGUGGGAUUUGGAGACUGCUUUGCGCCAGCACGACUUGCAGAACCAGUGCAACACUCUCGAUGCCCUCGAGGCCUGCCGGCCUGACUGCGUCGGCUGGAACUCGAAUGCUGCCAAAAUCCGGAGAGCUGAGAGAGAGUGUCCCAUUUGUGCUUGUGACUUUCGAAUUGGUGCAGAACCAACAGUCACCAGUUGCUGCUUCAAGUCCAUUUGUUCGCAUUGUGUUGCAGUGCUGGUGGCCAGAGUAGAGGAUGGUUUACUGCACUGUCCUUUUUGCCGUCAAGUUGAACAAGUCCCGAUUGCAAGACAUUGCCAUUUGCCUGAAGUUCAAACAUCUGAGGAUCCACUUGAGCAACUUGCUGAAGCAGCUCAGAGAUGGGCAUCUUCAGCCAUUAGCAUGGGUGCAGCGGUUCUGACAGAAGUGAGGAGCCUUUUUCCGGACGGGCCAUCUUGGACUGCAACCUAUUCCUCUUCAAGACCGAACUCUUUGGAUAUCCGACUGAAUGUGGUACUACCUUUGAGCCCUUGA